CUCCGCCUCCUCCGCUUUCAGUCGGCCGCUGCUGCAGUGAAGUUCACCACGCACGCGCAAUAUCGCUCCUCUUUUUCUCAGAAGUGCCCCAACCCAUCACACCAUGGCAGAUGAUAUUGACUUUGAGACCGGUGAUUCUGGCGCCUCCGCCACUUACCCCAUGCAGUGUUCAGCUCUACGCAAGAACGGUUAUGUGGUUCUGAGGGGACGUCCCUGCAAAAUUGUGGAGAUGUCCACCUCCAAGACUGGAAAGCAUGGACAUGCUAAGGUCAACCUGGUCGGCAUAGACCUCUUCACCAACAAGAAAUAUGAAGAUAUGUGUCCCUCCACCCACAACAUGGAUGUCCCCUCCAUUAAAAGAACAGACUACCAGUUGCUGAACAUUGACAAUGGCUACAUGUCUUUAUUGGCUGACAGCGGUGACAUCAGAGAGGACUUGCGUGUGCCUGACACUGAUGUCGGCAAGGAAAUUGAUACGAAGUUUUCUGCAGGCGAGGAAUUUUUAGUCACCGUUCUUAGUGCCAUGGGGGAUGAGUGCGCCAUCGCCACUAAGGUCCUGCCUAAAUAAGGAAAAUGGACUUUGCUGCCUGGGCAACACAAGACCCGCCCACAACCCCAGUCUCCUGCGUUCUCAUUGGUUCCUUUUCUCACCAAAGCAAAGUCGGCCUUCACAGACAAAACCUCAGAAUCAGCCUCGUGUUGUGAUUUUUCUCUUUCUCCCCCCUCUCUCUUAUCAUGAUCUUUUGUUACUUUCGCCAUCGUUAGUUCAGUACCAACUGUGGUUCUGCACCCUAUUCACUACGGUUCUUUUUUUGAGUUCUUGCUUUCUAUAAAACAACAUGAUGAAAACGCUGAUCAGUCGCUGAUUUUCUUCAUUUCUACUUUUCCGGUCUCAAAUCACAGGUUGCGACUUCUCUGAUGUUCUGUUUACUAUAUUUCACAAAGAGAGCAGGUGUAAAACCUCACUGAGGUCUUUUUUUUUUCCCUAUGGCCGUGAGCACUUAAAGGCCCUUACUGAAAGGUCAACACAGGUUUUCAAACUUAAGUAACUCUCCGUUUAGAUACCCGCUCCCACUUUGAACUAUUUCCCACUUGGACCCACCUACCCCAGUCCAAGCAGAAAGGAGCUAAUUGAAUAUUUUUUAAUGUCUGUAGAAAGUUUAAGAUUCUGUUGCCUCCUUCCUUUCCCAACAACCAGUAAAGUGAAUCUUAAUGUUUAGGUUUUAACGAUGUGACGGUGCAGCCGGACAGUGAUACAGGCCUCUGUGCUCGCUUGGUAUUAAAGUGAGGAGUGUGUGUAAUCUUUGAGGGACUCGGAUCAGAUUUGGAGGGGGGGGUGCAAAUUCUUUUUUCCCCAAUUGAGGCCUUUGUCACUUGACUGAAGAUGAUGGGACAAUAAAAUAAUGAAACAAAUGAAGAAAACCCCAACCUAUGUCUGUCUGGUUUUGUUUAAGGUAUUUCAAAAACCCACUCUGGAGGACUGCCUGCAAGGGUGUUCAUCACAACUGAGUGUAAAAUGUCUAGGUAGGAUUCCAUAGUACCCAAGUGUGCCCUUUGUUACGUAUGCCUAUUAUUCAGGUUUGACUUGACAACUCAAAUGUGAAUAAAUAUUUUCAACCCACAGUAAAUGGGGGUCGAGGAAGGUAUGUGACUGAAGUGAGAAAACAAAGCUGAAAGGUUACGAAUGAUUGAGAGAUGUAACUACCUUCAGCAAAUGCAUUGUGUGAACUGAUGCUUUUAAGUACAACAAAGUUAAAGUUGUGUCUGAAAACAGGACAGAGGAUUUUGCAGACUGCAGAUGUGAUAAACAGUAACCAAAAUGUCUAAAAUUGUUGAGCUAUGAAUGAGCCAUAUAACUGCAGAAAGUAGCUCAACUACAUUACCCUAGAUAAAUGUGUGAAAUAAAUCACAAAUGUAACAGUGACUAGAAAAAUCACUUUGUCUGUACCUUUUCAUCAGGAGUUGAUACAAUAGCUGAUGGCUGAAAUUCAAAUAAAAGGUUAAAGGAG